ACUACAGAAGUACAUUGUGGAGAAAGAUGGCUGAUUCCACACAGGAAAAUUCCAGAUUAACAGGAAUAUCCAAGAAGAUUUAUAACUGAAACAAACAUCAUGUGUGCUUUUGAAUGCCAAGUGAGGGAGGUCCACUGAUCUUGGCCAAGAAUUUGGCAGGGUCAGCAUCUCAGAACUUAUCAAGAAACUUCAAGUCCUACAGCUAAUUUAGUCUAACACAAAGGACAGUUAGUCCAGGAGAAGAAACAAGAGACUAUAAAUGAGUUUUCAUGGUGAAUACCUAAUUUAAUAUGAUUGAUAUCCAUAUACUAAAGUUAUUUCUGUACUGCUGUUUGCUUCUAGCUUCCAAUACCUACACCUAAGUAAUAAAAAUAGAAAACAUAUAGCAUUUACAGAAUAAUAUUUUUCCUGCAGAGACACAAGCUAUCAUUUGUACAGACAUAUCUGCUUUUUAUACCAGUCACACAUUGCAACUAGACAAAGUGCCCAGAGGUGAGGGCAGGCAGGAGAGAAGCAAUUUGUUACAAGUCACAAGAAGAAUCAGUAGGAUCUGACCAAAUGAACCUGGCUAGUUUUUUUAGGCUUUUUGUUUACUGUUGUGCAUUGUGUGGACAUUCUCUAUUGUAAACUGGCUGUAAGCAGAACAGUUUAAUCAAUACACUCAUAAAAUCAGAUGUAUUUAGUUUGCAUUGAGCAGUGAGUAUCUUUUAUUACUGCAGAACUGAGAGCACGAUACUCCUGCGUGAAGGAUGAGGGACAGAGUCCAGAAGAGCAAUGACUAAUUUAUUCUAUUCUUCCUUGUGAGUAGGAAUCUCCUUUUGAGGCAUUUAGUUUAGAAGUAGGUGCCAGUCCUUGACUAGAAGUUAAAGAGACUUUGUAUUAAAAUGAAAAAGGAAGAACUUAAUGUUUUCAGCUCCAUGGCCAUGGUCUCAAACUGCCUUUGGUACAGAAAGUUAACAAAUAUUUCCAUGUAGCAUCUGACAAAAGGAAUCAACAACAUGUGAAACUUUUUUGUUAUUACUUAAAAAAAUAAUUCCAGCAGUUGGCUGCAGGAAAGGAGCUAGAAAAACUGGUAGAAAUAACCAUGAAAAUUCUUAUGUUCUGAUUAGAGCUCACUGCUUUCUCUGUUUGUGGGAUGUCACUGAGGAGCAAAGAAACCAAGCAGACACAGUGUAUUUGGCUUACAGUUGUAGAGAGCUCCAUCUUCAGAAAACAGAUAAGACCUUAAAGAAAAAAAAUUUAAUCCUAUUCUCUCCAAUUUCCAAAAGAACGAUUUUGAGUUUGGAAGUUGGGGGAAGCAUUACGAGGGAAACAAAGGAGGAAGAGGGCAGUUCUUAGGACUGUUAGGAAGAGAAAGGCAAGGCCUUGUCUUACCCUGGACUUUCACAGGGUAAAUUAAUUCUGAUAACACAAAGUAAUCGGAAUUAACCCAGCAAUGAGAGAUUUAAUCUAAAAGAGUAAGAUGCACACAUCCACCUGUGUGUUUGUGUACCUACACACUCUUUGGAGAGAAGAUACUUGAGGCUUGGCAGGUUAUAAGCAAGGCUGGAACCACAGGCUGUCUAACUCUGCAGGAAAAGGAAACUCAACACAUCCACCUCUCCUUGCAACUUUUAGUAUUAAGUGCUGAUCUUUCUUCCAGCAUGUUAAAGGAUUCCAUGUAAACAUGAAACUCCAGAGCUGGGCUCGUUGCUCCCCAUAACUACAACCCCUCGAAAUACAACACUAACUGCCUUUGAAGCAUUAGUGGGUUUGGGCCUAAGUCUUACGUGAAGACACAGUCCAGCAAGCUGGUAAGGCCAGUUUGGGCAAACAAGGAAGGAACAGAGUACUUUGGAUUCAAAGCAUGCAACCACUAGCCAGGGCUACCAGAGAAACGGCAGCCAGCAGCCCCUUCCAGCAGGCAGCACACCCACCCAGCAGCACCUUCCCCAGGGCUCCUUCCCCUCCUCAGAAACCCUCGGUAAGGAAAGAGAAGGAAGUGCAAAGACAAACCUGGCCCCCCUGAGCACUUGCCUGCCUGGUUGCACCACACACUUGAGCACUGAGAGAACCUUCCAAACCUGCAGAACCGGAGCAGGCCCUGCCGAGCUCACAAAGGGGCCCCUCCUGUGCCAGGGCCACAGCACCCACUGCCAGUGCCAACACACAUCCUACCACCGGCCUCAGGGUUCACUCCAUCCUCUGGUGAACCUCGGAAGACAGAGGGAGUCCAGUCUGAAAAAACAGCUUUAUCAUAAAAAUACAACUCAGUUUGCUGAUAAAACCUGUAAAGGAGAAUGCUUCCCCUACAAUCUUCAUGGAGAAGUUCUGCAAGCAAGAAGAGCUGUGAUGAGUUAGUAUUAUUAUUAUUUAAAUUCUGGUAACAUUUCAUCAAGUUUAGAAAGAACAUUUCAGAAAAAAAAAAAGACACAGAAAUUUCUUACUACCUAAAGGGUGGUUUCUGACUUCUCCUCUGCAAGACAAAGUCAUCCUAGGAGGAACUGCACAUGAAUCCACGAGAAAUGCACCACAGCCACAGGUUUGUCAGCACGUGCACCCAGCCCUAAGUACCUCACAGAGAACAACCUUUGAGAGACAAUAACAGAGACCGGAGUUUACCACGGCCAACGCACCUUGAUCUGAGUUAUUCAUUUACAAGCUGCAUCUGUGAUCACAGGCAGGGUCAGUGACAGAAACAUUGGCUCAGGCUGCGUCACAGCUGGAGUCACUCCACUCCUGAGACAGACACAACAAUAUCCACAACUGAUCUAUCAAAGUUCAACGGUAAAUGCGACAGUGGUUUAACAAGACUCGACAGCAAGGUAGGCUUGACUUAGUGCACAGAGGACAAGGUAGGCUAUGGAUUCCUGGAAGGAAGCCAUAAGCCGCAGCUGGAUUUAUCCCACGGUGAUCAUCUGUGCAAAUGGAUUUUUCGCCACAAUGAGGCCAUCAGAGUCUUUUCUCACCCCUUAUCUAACGGGGCCAGACAAAAACCUAACGAUUGAAGAGGUUACCAACCAGAUUUUGCCUGUUUGGACAUACUCCUACCUCGCCCUCCUGUUCCCAGUCUUCCUGCUCACAGACUACCUGCGCUACAAGCCCGUCCUCCUCCUCCAGGGCAUCAGCCUCAUCGUCACCUGGCUCCUGCUCCUCUUUGCACACGGAGUGCUGGCCAUGCAGCUGGUGGAAUUCUUCUACGGGAUGGUGACGGCCACUGAGGUGGCCUAUUACGCCUACAUCUACAGCGUGGUCAGCACCGAGCGCUACCAGAGGGUGACGAGCUACUGCAGGAGCAGCACUCUGGUGGCAGCCACUGUUGCCGCCGUGCUGGGACAGCUGCUGGUGUCCUUGGCAGAUGUGUCCUACUUCUACCUCAACGCCAUUUCUUUGGCUUCCGUGGCCCUGGCCUUCCUGUGUGCCUUUUUCCUCCCCAUGCCCCAGAAGAGCAUGUUCUUCCACAGGAAAGAUACCUCCCAGUCUCUCCCAGGGCCUGACAAAGUUGCGGCUCCGGCCGGUUCUGACCGUCCCUCGAGCUGCCAAGAGGACACGAGCUCCGACUGCGCUGGCAGGAGCCCAACACCCCAACAGCAGGCUGGGAAUGCCAAGCCCUGGAAUCACAUGCUCAGAGUGCUGGUGCAGCUGAGCAAGGACCUGAGGGAUUGCUACAGCUCCAGGAAACUUCUCUACUGGUCCUUGUGGUGGGCUCUGGCUACAGCCGGCUUUUAUCAGGUCCUGAAUUAUAUCCAAGUGCUGUGGGACUUCCAAGCCCCCUCUCACAGCUCUGCAGUGUACAAUGGAGCUGUCGAAGCACUAGCAACUUUUUUAGGUUCAGUAACAUCCAUGGCAGUUGGAUAUGUCAAAGUGAACUGGGAUCUCUCUGGAGAAUUGGCCUUGGGAAUUUUCUCUGCAAUGGAUGCUGGCUCUCUGUUUCUCAUGUACUUCACUGGGAACAUCUGGGCAUGUUAUGCUGGUUACCUUGCAUUUAAGGCUUGCUAUAUGCUCCUUAUAACAAUAGCAACGUUUCAGAUUGCUGUCAACCUGAGCAUGGAGCGUUAUGCUUUGAUGUUUGGCUUCAACAACUUUGUUGCACUGGUGAUUCAAACAAUUUUAACUGUUAUUGUAGUAGAUUCAAGAGGUCUGGGACUGGAUAUCAGCACUCAGUUUCUCAUUUAUGGCAGCUACUUUGCAGUCAUAGCUGGAAUUUUCCUCAUCAGAAGCACAUACACCAUUAUCUCCAUCAAACGCAGCAAUACCAGCGCGGCUGGGGAGAGCACUGGUCAUUAACAACAGAGAAAAGAACGGUUACAAGCAACAGUGCAGAAGGCUCCAUCACCUGAACAACAAUAUAUAAUGUUCCAUCAAGCAAAACUGGUGCAGGCUGAAGCAGGCUGUUAACGAGCCUACAGCACAGACAGCUUUGUCAGCAGCAAUGCAUUUUGCCUGUUUUCUUCAUCAGUAGUUUAACUCAAAGUAAGUGAUUGACACCCGAACUUUGAUUAAUGCUCCGCAAGAACAAGUACAGGCAGGUGCCUGAACUUCACACCAGAAGAACUUACAGAAACUCUGAAAUUUCACUUCUACUGAGUAUUUCAAUUAAAGGCAAUUUAGACCUUUGGACAUUCCUAGGGAAUAUAAAGCAACAGUUGCCCCUGGCGGCAAGAUAUCUGUUGGAAAGAUUGCCACAAAGGAAAUGUAACACUUUUUCAACUGUAAGUUGUGACAUAGAUUUUUGAAACAAGUUAACAAAUAGCAAUAAACAAUUUUUUUCCCAAAAGAUGCUACUCAAAUGUUGGAUUACUACCAUGUGAUUUAGUAUAGCAAUACUGUCACUUUCCCAAUGGUCAAAUGCAGGCAUUUCAGAUUCCACACAGACAAUGCACUCCUCAGAAAUGUGAAGUGACAGCACUGUAAGGAAAAACAUGUCAUUAUAUACAGAUCAACUGCUACUGAUGCAAUGACAGCUUUACCGUGAGUUUGUUGAAGGAGCAUGAACACAACACCCUGACCUUCCAUUAGAGUGUCUGCCUUGAUAAGCAUUUGCAAUAAUUAUAUCCAACAACUGCCAUGACACACACACACUUAUCUUUGGAAGCAAAGAGCCUCCUAAACUAACUUAUUUUUAAACCACAGGGAGACACUUCAGUUGCUAUACAGAACAGUCUUAAAUAACAUGACUUAAAGUUUAAAUAUAACUAAAGCUAAUUAGGGAAUGUUCUUCCAACUGUCCACUUUCUAGUCAGCUGUACCAGACAGCAGUAAAUUCCACUGUAUUCCUUUACCACAACUUAGAGAUUCGUCAAGACUCAGAAUUAACCGACCCACUUCAUCUCACAAAAAUAAGUAAAAAUCAUCAAUUCCUUUCAGAACAGUUUUGAAAAGCUACUUGAGCUCAUUUUCACGUCCCAGUAAGUUUUCCCUUCAAGAGGGCAGAAUACUUGCAUCAUAUAGCUUUCUUUCAGGAAUUCCAACUAAAUUUGGUGCCUUCCAAAUUAAUUUUUUGCUUCAGCAUUUGUUUCAACAUGGUAUUUGGAUGUUUGCAGCCAUUAAAUACCUUUCAACUGCAGUACCUGGACAUCGCAUCUGCCUUUCAGAACAAGAUGUAUCCACUCCUACAACUGUACCCUCUUCUUACACACGUAACAGCUGACAUUUUAGGACUGAAGUACUAAUCUAGGAGGUCUCCAUAUUAAUUUCUGUAUAAGAGGGCUGAAGUUACCAAGUGAAGUUCUUUGAUGCUAAAGCAUGAAUACAGCUUUUUGGCAACUAUGCAUGAGCAAUGGUGUGAACAACUGCAGAGACUUCAAAGAUCACAGGUGAAGAAUUCAUUUAGUAAAUAUGGCUAUUUUUAAAACCUAAUCAACAAAACAGCUACAGUGGCAGUUUCUGCUCAACAUACAGAAGACUCAAAACAACACAUGAUCUUCAGCUGCUUGUCUGGAGUUUGGAAAAUGAAAAAUUAGUGAACACAGACUAAACAGAUGUGAUUGUGUAUAGUGGAGGUUGCCAACCUUUUAUCUGCAUUUAACCUAGUUAUGAAAACUAAGGUAUUCCACUACUUCUGCAGCACAUUCUAGAACUACAUGCCUUGCAUACUUCAAUCAAUUUUGGUAUCAGCAAGAAUCAGCUUCAUUUGGAUAAGGACAAUUUCAGUAGAUGCUGAUCUCAUCAGCCCUUGCCCAAAGCCUCAUUUAUACCAAUCGAGGUGAAGCAGGCACAGGAUUGUUCCCCUUUAACAACACCGUUUGCCUCAUUUUCAGGACAUUUGGUUGAUUUGGUCCAGUUCCCUGCACUGGGCACAUUUAAGUGUAUCACAAGCCCUUGCAGUUCCCCACUCUACUGCACUUACCUGUUACUAUCCCAAAACAGCUAAGGCUGACAACAGGAAAGAACUACAGCUAUUUAUACUGUGAUAAAAUACAGUGCUGAGAGCAAGGGCAUCACUAACACCCUGGAAACCCUCAAUUUUGGGGGAUUUGUUUAGUGAAUUUCCCAGAGAAUCUUGGGAAUUAAACUGUACACCAUACUCUGCCCAACAGUCUUCAUCAGAAGGAAAAAACCAACCUCAAGUCUAUUUUAACUUUAAAUAUGACAACAGGACAAAUCCAGACACUAAGUUAAGGAAAGCUACUACAGGCAGCUUGUUGUGUGAGCUGCCUGUCCUUGUUUGGGAUCUCCAAAGUUUAAAAAAAAAAAAAAAAGAAAACAGAAAUUCCUGCCCAGGUAGGCAGGCAACAGAAGUCAAAAGCAUUACCUUAAAUAAUUUUACAAUCAGAGGUCAAGCCUUUCAGAUGUCCUAGAAAUAAACAGAUCUAACAUUCAGGCAGUAAAUUAAAAGUGGAGUGUCUUACCUUCAAGAAUUGUCAUGGUUAUCUCAAAUGGGCUUAUAUACCCUUCUUAAAAAAAAAAAAUCAACCUCACCUUAUUUAUUCCUGUUAUCCUGAAAGCUGUAAAAUUUUUUCUCCAAAACCUUUAAGCUUGCAGUUUAUGUAUUCAUGAUAUAUUUAUAUUAUUUGGUUAGUUCCAGUAUUACACUUGAAGUUAAGUCAAAUUAUUUCUGUGUUUAAAACACCAUCACCAACUACUCUAAUACAAUUACAUUUUCUCGAACCUUAUUACUAUUACAGACUAGACAAGUCAGAUAUUUUUACCCCCUCUACGAAUUCCACUCUAGUAAGGCAGGAAACAUUCCUGUAAAUUUAAAAAUGACGAAUUUAAUAUUCCACAGGAGCUUUUACUAAUAUAUAUCAGUUUUUAAUAAAAAGUGCUAUUACAUCUGUGGUACCUUGUCCUGCUGUCACACAUUCUGUUCUCAUCACAACUAGUUACCCAUAAUCAGGUGUCUUUUGCAGCAAACCCUUUCUUGAGUGACUACCCUCUGCAUUGCUUCAGUGUCCUUCACUACAGAUUCUAUCCAAAUAACCCAAGCUCAUCUAACACUCUCCUGUUUGAUAGGUCACUUCACUUGAGCUAGAACAGCAAACUCCAUUGCAGGAUACAAAGAAACAUUUCCAAGUGAGGCAUGUAAAAAUUUUAAGCUUAACUCAUUCUCUGGAUACCUCAUCUGUGUACAAGACUUGGAGGAUGCACAUUUUCAUCCAAUAAAUGUUACUGCACAGAAAUAAUGCUACACAGUUGUUUUUUCUAAUAUUUAUUUUUUCACCUGCAAACUGUAGCAAAACAUGAUCAGCUUUAUUAUGCAGACAGGUAUCCCUCUAACAUUAGAGAUUUAGGCAUGUAUAAAUAGAAUAGCUCUUAGGAAAGGAAAACGUUUUGAGAAAUGAACAAACCUUCAAUUUAACUUCAUGACUUCCAAUACCAACGGUUAAAAUGAUGCAGCUCAUUCAUUCCAAGAGAUACAACAGCACCUUAAAGUGGCUGAUCUAUUCCCCAGUAACAUUUUUCACAUAACAAUGUGUUAAAGUUACAAAUACUGAUAUGCACAAAUAGCUAUUUUCUAAGAAAAAUAUGUACAGUACUGCAGCAUAAUGAAUGUGGUAUCUGCAAUAACUUAUUAGCCAAUUUUAAUAUACAUGAUACCGCUACUUUUUACCUGCCAGUUCACAGGUUCAAGGAUGUUACCACAGCCCUCUGUUUUGCACGUUAUUACCUGGUGGGGGGGUUGGUUUUCUCAUUUUGUUUGUGUUGGGGUUUUUUUUUUCCUUUUUAAAAUUUUUUAAAGGUACACAAUGCAGGCUUUUAUUUUUACUUCUUAAAGACUUCUUUUGUGUUUAAAGCUAAUAUCAGUGAAACAAGACAACAGUGCAAGAGGCGCAGAGAUGUUAUGUGACCACAUAAGAGUUCUUUUGGGUAAAGUGUCUAUAAGGCUAUAAGAAAGGAUUGGUUGAUGAGCUUCCUGUUGGAAAUUGUCCUGUUGGUGCACCAGCC